UGUCGUCUGAUACUAUUAUUUUACUAUUUGUUGAUAGUGUAAAAAAAAACUACAGCUGGGAACUAGAAAUGCCAACGCCAGCUGUCAAGGUUACACAAGUUAGUGGCAUAGGUUCAUUCACGAGUUAUCUUGCUGUGGUCUGGGUGCAGGAGUUUUGUGUCAAGUCUCAAACAGUCUUUAAAACCACAGGUUUGUACGAUACACUUUACGGACUGACGGCCGAAGUUCUUCAAGUUGUGUGUCUGUGCUGUAGUGUUGUGCCUGUGUGUGUCAAGUCAAUGUCGGAAUUUAACCUUGGCAGUUGUCUGUCGCCGUUGACGUAAAAGACAGAGUUAGCUAGAAAGAUGAAGUUAUGAUCGUGUGUUCCGGGAAAAUUGAAUUGAGUAUCGUCCAGACAUCAUUAAUUAAAUGUUCCAAACGUCAUGCGUGAAUCAGCAGAACAAGUGUCAUGACACGACGGGGUCAACGACAGUCUCAUCCAAGGUGAUACAACCCAAAUAAUUCCGGAGUCAAAAUGAUGGAUUUUGAUGAGCUGGACACCAGCUGUAAUGCCGACUUCAUCGUCCACCGUGCCCACGAGCAUUACAGCACCCAAGCCUUACGCCUCAUGCAGGAGCUUCGGCAGGCCCAUAAGCUCUGCGACAUCAGGCUUCAGGUCGGGGGUCAGGUCAUUGUGGGUCAUCGCGUCGUCCUAGCGGCGUUCAGCCGUUACUUCUACGCGAUGUUUACCGGGGACAUGCUGGAGGCUAGCCAGUCAGAGGUGGUCAUGAAACAAGUGGAUGCCAGAUCAGUGGAGAUGCUUGUGGAAUACGCUUACACAGGUAUUUUAGAAAUCCACAUCGACACAGUUCAGUCCCUUCUUGAUACAGCGGCCAUGCUUCAGCUGACCGAUGUGCAAACAGCAUGCUCUGAGUUCCUGAAGAGACAACUUCAUCCGGCCAACUGUCUCGGAAUUCGCAACUUUGCCGAUGCCCAUACUUGCACCGACCUCGUCGAAGCAUCGGGGAAGUUCGCCGAGCGGCACUUCACCGAGGUCGCCAACGAGGAGGAAUUCCUCCAGCUCCCCAAACCCCAGCUGGCCGAGCUCCUCCAGUGCGAAGAUCUCAACGUCAGCAGCGAGGAAGAAGUCUACAACGCCAUCAUGAGAUGGGUGUACCACGACAAAGAGGAACGCAAGAACGAUAUCGCCGAGUUGCUGCAGGCGAUACGAAUGCCGUUACUCUCCCCGCGAUUCCUAGUGGACAUUGUAGAGGCUGAAGACCUCAUUAAGCAAGACAUUAAGUGUAGGGAUCUUCUGGAUGAGGCCAAGAAUUACCACAUGUUGCCUGAUCGGAGGACCCGGAUGCAGCAGGAGAGGAUCAAACCUCGUCGUUCCACUGUGGGCUCUAUUUAUUGUGUAGGAGGGAUGGACAGCACCGGCCAUUCCUUGAGUAGCGUUGAACGUUACAACCUGAGCAAUGGUAGAGUCAGCAUCGAGGCCAGUAUGAAUUCACCUAGGAGUGGGGUAGGCGUGGCCGUACUGGAAGGCAAACUGUAUUCAGUGGGUGGCUACGACGGCAGUCAAUACAUGAACACGGUAGAGUGUUUAGAUCCGUCCACACGGCGCUGGCAUCGUGUGGCCUCCAUGCUUCAUGUCCGACGUUAUCAUUCAGUCAUAGCACUCGACAGACAGCUCUAUGCCGUAGGGGGAUACGACAGCUCCACCGUGCUGGACUCGGUGGAGACGUACGACCCUAGAACAAAUCGCUGGUGGAGAGUUGGUAGUCUUGACACCAAGAGGCGGCAUAUAGGCGUGGCAGCCAUGGGGAACUACUUGUACGCAGUAGGAGGUAGUGAUGGGACGUCGUAUCUCAAGAGCACAGAGAAGUACGACCCAAGGUUAAACCAGUGGAUUCCAGUAGAUAGCAUGCAUUCCAGGAGAGGAGGGGUGGGCGUGGCAGCCUUAGGUGGCAGGUUGUAUGCUAUGGGUGGCUAUGACGGACAAUCUAACCUAAACACACUGGAAAGAUACUACCCCGAAGAAGACAGAUGGACAUUCCUAGCGCCAAUGGCCCAGUGCCGAUCAGGCCACGGCUGCGUCGUCGUUGGUGACCUCAUGUAUGCCAUCGGAGGUCACGACGGAGUCCAGUACCUCAACACCGUGGAAGUAUUCGAUACCCAGCUAGGGGAGUGGCACUCUCAAGGUCCCAUGGGGACAUGUCGAGCCGUUGCGGGUGUGGCUGUGUUAAACAACAUUCCCUGCACAAAUGUCUAACCAAGGUAUAGAUCCCUUGUAAAUGGCACCCUUAACCUACUGCUGCACCUUAAGGAUUAGGGUUGGGCUACGUGGAAGUAUUUGAUACCCAGCUUGAGGGGGGGGGGCACUCUCAAGGUCCCAUGGGGAAAUGUUGAGCCGUUACGGGGGUGGCUGUGUUAAACAAUCCUUUGCACAUCCCUUGUAAAUGACACCCUAACCUACUGCUGCACCUUUAGGAUGAGGGAGGGCUACUGUUCCUCCCCCCCCCCCCCCCGAAUUGGGGGAGGACUGGAGUCAAACAUCAAUGGUAGACAAAUUUUAAGCAAUUGCUUGGUCUAAACCUCUAAUGUAUACCAUCGACUAAUUCCAUGAAACUUGUUGAACACAUUAGUUAAGCAAUCUUGCUAGCAGAAAUAGGCUACUUAUCCUGCUGAACAGUUUCUUGAAAAAUUUCCCUGGUUUAAUUUGACUCUCGUCGUCUUUAUGAAUGGGGUAGGUUUGUGUCAGCAAGGGAUUUGUGAGAACUGUACUAGAGUGAGAUACAUAACCACCUUUCAGGGUUUUCUUUUUAAGAGGAUCUUUGACAUUGAUUUGUCAUUUCUUGCCGGUUGUUAUCGUCCAAUGAAAGCAAAAAAAGGUGCUCUUAACGAGGAUGAGUAACUCAAGACUCUUAUCUGAAUUCAGAAUUUUUUGUUUAUGCCUGGUGAAAAAAUUUCUGUGGAUAUUAAGAAUCCCGGCUCUUUGAUCUGCUACUUUGGCACUGAGGAUACUGUUUCCAAAAGCUCCUUGAGCUUGCUGUUGGAACCCUGUAAGCUGAGAAUGGUGAUCCAUACCUACAGAAUUACAGAGCUAGUAGAGCCAUGAAAUCAAUCCCAGGGUUACGUUAUACAAGUCUUUAUUCCUGAUGCUGUAAUAAUGUCAACUAUGUGCAGCGAUUCAAAUGAAAAGUGUAGAACUACCCUGGACUGUCGGAAACUAACCAUCUGGUAUUUAAAUCAAUAUUUUACCAUUGGAUCAGCAAGAACUCACGCAACACAUCCCCAAGUUUGGCUGCUGAGCUGACAUGACACAGAUGCACGAUGGCUGUUGAUAACCCAGACAGUAUCUGGGAACUGUAUGGUACAAUCUGGGCCAAUUUUGUAGAGCUGCUUAAGCAGAAAAUAUUGCUUAGUAAUUAAUUUCUGAUAAGCAGAAAUGAGCAGGAUAUCAGUCUCAAACUGUAAAUGUGAUAUUGUAGUUUGGCUUGUAACCAUAUUUUGGAGAAUGGUGAUCUUAAAAGCGCAGAAUUUGGCGGUAAGCAGAUCCAUGAAAUUGGGCCCAAUGCCAAGUUAGAUACCCUGACCAUCUCAGGACUCACUUUUUGUACCAUCUUGUCGAUGUUUGUUUUUGAUACUGUCAUAAGGCCACACGAGUUUCCCCUGGAGGGACAUCAUUGUCUAGUAAUCUAAACUGCGCCAAUAAAGUAUCUAAACACUUACAAAUGGUA